AUGGCUGUCGCGGUACGCGGGUGCGCGCGGCGUGGGCGGGACUUCCUGUCGGCGUCGUCCGCGGUGGACCAGGGCGCCCAGUGGAGUCNCGGAGCGGCUGGCGAUGGCCGCGGAGAGGGCGAGUUGGAGCCUGGCCCGCCGUGGACGCCGACUGGACGUCGAGGCCAAGGAGUGGCGCUCUUUAUAGAACGCACGCCGUGUGGUCCUCACAAUGCGGGCUGUGCAGCCGCUUACGUCCAGAGUGCCUUUGAAGACUGCUGCCUGGGUUACCAUUACAGGAUCAAAUGGAAUGUUCUCCGGCACGCUAGGAAUUAUCACCGGCAGGAAGUGAGCGGAAGCUGCAACCUGCGUGCUGUGAGAUUCUACUUCCCCCAGAGGGUAGUGUGUGGGAAUCCAGAGGACAUGAAUGUGAAGAGGGCGAUGAGAAUCUUGACAGCUCGGAACAGGCCAGUCCACGGGAAGAGCACCUCAGACUCUCAGACUGAAAGGAAGAAGUCAAACCAUAUGAAGUCCAAGGUGAAGAACCCCAACAGUACAAGCCCGAGGAAUGUCACCCUAGGCCAUCCCAGGAUGGUGAUGAUGCCCAGAAAGGCCAACAAUUAAGUUAAUUACUCAGAGUAAGCACCAGCUGGAGGAUGGGAGGAGCCUGCUGAAGUGCUGUCUUCUAGGCCCGCCAGUGCCAAUGAACUCACUGAAGCUGCAGUUUCCUGUACAAGACCGGACCCGCCAACGUCUCAGCAUGUAUGAGGAAGGAACUACUAUGCUAAAGACCCUCCCAUCGCCAAGGAGCUAUUGGCUAUUGAUGAUUGCUGGGGGAAGGGAGUCUUUUUUUUUUUUUUUUUUUUUUCUGAAGCGUGACUUGAGUAAAUUUCCCAUAGUCCACUAUAUAAUCCCCAACCUGUGCUCAGGCAAGCAACCCUAAUUAAAUGCAGUGACCGCAUACAAAAGAACAAAGGGGUAUGGAUAGUUUGGUAGGAGGGGGUUGUUAGGAAGAAGAAAUUAACAGGAGAGGAAUGAGACGAUAGUGAGUGUGUGAAAAUGCCUACACAAGUGAAAUGGUCAAAGAAAUAAAAAAUAAAUACUUAAAAAGCUAUUAAAAAGUAAUAACUGACA